CCUUUAAUGCUUCCAUGCUACCACUCUAAGCAAUAACAACAUAGUGUAGUUAACCACUCACAUGGAACCAAAGUUCACAAUCAAUUGUCCCAGAAAUGAGUUCCUUCCAACACCAACCAAUGGAACUCGUUUACCAGAGAGUCCAAGAAUACCAAUGGAGUUUCUGUCAAGAUCAUGGAGUGCCUCUGCAUUUGAGGUUUCUAAAGCCUUAUCACCUCAACCACCACCUCCUUCUUCUUGCUUACCUUCUAAACCUUCUACUAACUCCAUUCCUGAAGAAACUACUAACCUCUCUAAAGAAUUCUCAACCAUGUGUGGAAAUCAAUUCUCUUUUGCUUCCUCUGCUACUUCUCAGCUUGUCCUUGAACGCAUCAUGUCACAGUCCACAAGAGAGGAAGUAUCUCCAUUAACAUCAGGUAGAUUGUCUCAUAGCAGUGAACCCUUGAAUGGUGGUGGUUCUUUAACAGGAACAGAUAGUCCACCAAUUUCUCCUUCUGAUGAGUAUGAUGAUGUUGUUAAGUUUUUUCGUGCAAACAAUUCAAUACACCCUUUAUUCAAUGGUGGAAGAGCCAAGAUGAGUAAUAGUAGUGGUAUUGGCAGUGCCACUCCAAGCUCAGGAGCUAAAACAGUAGGAAGAUGGCUAAAAGACAGAAGAGAAAAAAAGAAAGAAGAAAACAGAAGCCAUAAUGCUCAACUGCAUGCUGCUAUUUGUGUAGCUGCUGUUGCCUCUGCAGUUGCAGCCAUCACUGCAGCAACAGCUGCUGCAUCUAACAACAAGGAUGAUGAGAAGAUGGCUAAGACUGACAUGGCUGUUGCUUCUGCAGCUACACUUGUUGCUGCUCAGUGUGUUGAGGCUGCUGAAGCAAUGGGAGCUGAGAGAGAUCACCUUGCUUCUGUUGUUACUUCUGCUGUCAAUGUUCGCUCUCAUGAUGAUAUCACUACUCUAACUGCUGCAGCUGCCACAGCUCUAAGAGGUGCAGCAACAUUGAAAGCAAGAGCAUUAAAAGAGAUGUGGAAUAUUACUGCAGUGACACCACUAGAAAAAAGCAUAGGGAUUGGAAUAUGUGGUAAAGGAAAUAACAGUAGUUCUAGCACUAGUGAUAGUGGAGAGAUUAUCAAUGCAGAAAAUUUCCUGAGUGUAUGCAGCCAAGAACUCCUUGCUAGAGGAAGUGAAUUACUCAAACGGACCCGAAAAGGUGAUCUUCACUGGAAAAUAGUUUCUGUUUAUAUACAUAGAACAGGCCAGGUGAUGCUGAAAAUGAAAAGCAAACAUGUCGCAGGAACCAUUACCAAAAAGAAAAAGAAUAUUGUGUUAGAUGUGUGCACAAAUUUAGCAGCAUGGCCAGGAAGACAUCUUUUAGAUGAUGGUGAAAAAAGAAAGUAUUUUGGAUUGAAGACAGAAUCAAGAGGAAUAGUUGAGUUUGAAUGUAGAAACCAAAGAGAAUAUGAAUUGUGGACAAGAGGGGUUUCAAGACUUCUUUCCAUUGUUUCACAGAGGAAAAACAGAAAUGGGAUAUAAAAGAAUCUCUAUCUAUAUGUUUGUAGUUAGCUUUGUUUUGCAUCUCUUAUAAUGGAAAGUAAUGGAUUUUUGUUGUAAUAUUAGAAUGAACAAUGUGUGUGCUCCAUCUCAUACCAGACUUCGAAAACUAAUGCACUAUGCAGACUAACAAUUUCCUUCUA